CAAGAUGGCGAGCAGCAAUGGCGGCGGGAUGGAGGUGGAUGGAGCAGCCAGCCCCAGCGUCAUGGCCUCCGGGGUCACCGGGAGUGUCUCUGUGGCCUUACACCCUCUGGUCAUCCUCAACAUAUCCGACCACUGGAUACGCAUCCGCUCACAGGAGGGUCGCCCCAUGCAGGUGAUCGGAGCCCUGAUCGGGAAACAGGAGGGCCGAAACAUCGAGGUGAUGAACUCCUUCGAGCUUCUGUCUCACACCAUAGAUGAUAAAGUGCACAUCGACAAGGAUUACUACUACACCAAGGAGGAACAAUUCAAACAGGUUUUCAAAGAUAUGGAGUUUUUGGGCUGGUACACCACAGGUGGUCCUCCUGACCCAUCAGACAUCCACAUUCACAAGCAGGUGUGUGAGAUCAUUGAGAGCCCUCUCUUCCUCAAGCUCAACCCCAUGACCAAACACACCGACCUUCCCGUUAGUGUUUAUGAAUCCGUCAUCGAUAUCAUCAAUGGAGAGGCCACCAUGCUGUUUGCAGAGCUGACCUACACUCUGGCCACAGAGGAAGCAGAGAGAAUCGGCGUCGAUCACGUAGCUCGAAUGACGGCCACGGGCACGGGAGAAAACUCCACAGUUGCUGAACACCUCAUAGCGCAGCACAGCGCCAUCAAGAUGCUGCACAGCCGAGUGAAGAUCAUCCUGGAGUACGUGAAAGCCGUGGAGGCAGGAGAGGUACCGUUUAACCACGAGAUCCUCCGAGAAGCCAACGCUCUGUGCCACAGACUGCCGGUCCUCAGCACCAUCAAAUUCAAAACAGACUUCUAUGAUCAAUGUAACGACGUGGGCCUCAUGGCCUACUUAGGCACCAUCACCAAGACGUGCAACAGUAUGAACCAGUUCAUCAACAAGUUCAACGUGCUGUACGACAGACAGGGCAUCGGCCGCAGGAUGAGGGGACUCUUCUUCUGAGCCGGCGGAAACAAACAAAAGCACUGCAGUUUCUUUCUUUUCAAACCUUCUUCAGCCACAGAUGAACCCAAACCCCACAGAAUGACAGUCAGUUAAUAUACAAAAUCCCGCAGAGAUGAAUUCACCAUACAUCCACUUUAUUUUACCCGGUUUGUUUUAUUGUUACAUGUUUCUGUCUAAUAAAUGAUCUGCUGAUUUUUUUUUUCAUGGGACUUUGAAUGUUCUUCCUUUUUUUUACUUUUUAAGCAAUAUUUUACUAAUUUUGAGCUUUUAUUACGGACAUGACAACAAAACAAACAUCACAGCAAAUGCAAAUGAUCAGACAGAAGAGGUAGAGGAGGGAAAAUGAUUUGAAAAUGUAAUUGUUGCAUUACAGAAUGCAUUGUUUAGAGUAUUUUCAGUUAAUUUCUAUAGUAAUUGUUUGAUUUUUGUGAAAAUUUAGACAUUUACACCAUGUUAUUCCACAGUCUCAUAGGGUUUAACACCUCUUGAUGAUUAAAAGAACUUUGGAACAUAUACAAUGUAAAUAAAGUUAAUUGUGAAGGCGGA